AUGAUCUAUUUACCGCCGUUACGACGCUUUCUUUUACCCGCCAUUGUCUUCGUGACCCUCAUCAUCUCCUACCGUGCAUUGCCCAUUCCAACCUCGUUGCCAUCAUUCGUCCUCCACCCAGCGCCUGCUCCUCCACAAGGCAUUCAUGUACCAAUCUCAGGCCUGCAGAACCCCCUACCCAUCGCCAAUUCCUCAUACAAUCAUCUUUCGCCACCCAAUCAAUACUACUACAGCUACCACAGACACGAGGAGGCAUUGAACGAUGAUAAGAGCACCUCGAAAUUAUGGCGACCAGGGCUCGAUCCCAAUCUCGAACACCUCUUCAGAUGCCCCAUUGACGCCAACAAAUACACAGGCCAUAUACGCUUACCUGACAUCGUCCAGAACAUCUCGCAGAUCCCACCAGGUUCGCUGAAGCCGGAAUCCAGAGUGUUCUGGAAUCCGACCGUCAUCGCACUGCCAUACUGGUCGAAAAACCAGUAUUUGAUCGUGAGCAGGAUCGUCACAGACGGCAAUCACCAAGAGAAUGUGCUGUGCGAGGCUAAUGUCUGCUACAUUGGAUCCGGCGAAAAUUCAAGGCCAAGGGAGAAGCGGUGUACGGAGGACGACCUUCGACACGUCGGUCCUGGCGGUGGGAUGCGCUGUGUCUCAUCACCAGUGACCCUUAGUGUGCCACCAACGCCGGCAGAGAGAUGUGAAGGGAAAUUCAUGCCCUAUGUUGACAUCCCGGGCUUCCACGAUCCUCGGAUCUUCUGGAGCGGCAAAGGCGAGCCCUUGAUGAUGGUCAACACCCAAUCCCGCUACGCUUGUUUCGGCCUUUGGAUCAUAGAUCUUCGCACCCUGCACUCGCCCCUCCAAAAGCUUCUCACGUCUUCCCCCAAACGACCUUCCCUUGGUCCUCUGAAGUCCUACCCAACUCUCACAGAGCUGACUCGCAACCCCGCCAAUACCCGCUCACAAAUCGAAAAGAACUGGUUCCUCUUUUUCCCUUCUAGUGGCGAGUCCUAUAUCCACUACGAUCUCUCCAACCCUCGUGGCGGACCCAGAGGACGCACCUUUGCCAAGCUCCUUGGAAAUGGCUUAACCACGACCAAUCUGACGGAUCCCUUCGAGCAGCCGUGUCUGCGUGAUCUCACCGAUGCCGAGGAACCAGAUAAGAUGAAGAGAGGAGGCACUUGGCAUCAAGCAACCAACUCUCUUCGUCUUGUGCUCUGCAAUCGUUUCGACUAUGACUGCAAAGCCAAACCAGACAACACCGUCUUCUUCGCUAUUGUGCACCGCAAAUUUCCUAAUUGGCUCAAGCUUCCAUUACGCUAUGAGCGCUACUUUAUGGUCUGGUCUGCUACGCCGCCAUUUGAGAUGCUAGGCAUCAGCCAGCACCCGGUUCUGAUGGGUAAUGAGACGGCUUCAGGAUGGCCCGCGAGCGAGAAUUGGGAUGAUGAUCCUGCCAACGCCAAGAUCGUCGCCAUGACGAAGAAAACAGCUGCCAAUGCAACGGAGCCGUACCGCGGCAAGGACUACUGGGCCUAUUUCACGUACACGGUCAGUAUUUCUUAUGCUUGGGGAAGGCAGCCGAGGGCAGCGAAAGACGGAGGAGAUGAAGCGCAGGAUAUGCACGUGGGGUAUCUGGACGACGAGGUUCUGCUAGCCAUCGGGGUUGAUGAUAAAGGACAGGCCUUCUCGCGGGCGAAGGCGGGGGAGUUGGUGCAGUGUUUGAGGGCUUGUCCGGGGAGGAGCGAAGACAAGGGCGAGAGAGGUUGA